AUGCUUGUGAUAGACAAACUGGAUGUAAAUUUAAGAGAAUAUUUACAACAAAAUCAUAAUCAACUUACAUGGGAAGAAAUAAUUGAAAUUACUUUUUUAAUAAUUAAUGCACUUCAUUGGAUUCAUAAAGAGAAUUCAAUUCAUAGAGAUUUGCAUUCUGGAAAUAUAUUAUAUUCAGUGUUUAAUAAUGCAUGGUGUAUUAGUGAUCUUGGAUUUUGUGGUCCUGCAAAUAAAUCAUCAACAUGCAUAUAUGGAAAUCUUCCUUACAUAGCACCCGAAGUUAUUAAUGGAAAAGAAUAUACUUUUGAAUCUGAUGUUUAUAGUAUUGCAAUGCUUAUGUGGGAAAUUUCAUCUGGACAACCACCAUUUAUGAAUUAUGAACAUGAUUGUAAUCUUGCAAUUGAUAUUAUUAAUGGUAUGAGACCAAAAAUUAUAUCAGAAAUUCCUUCAGAAUAUAAAAGUUUAAUGGAACAAUGUUGGGAUGCUGAUUCAUUAAAAAGACCUGAUAUUGAUACACUUAGAA